GCACGGUCGGCGCUGAGGCGCUGGUGGGAAGUGACGACCAGCCGUGAAUAUUUCGCAUUUUCGAAGCGCCGCUUGGCUUUCAAGGCGAUGGUCGUGUCCGUGAUAGGGAUCCUGCUCGCUCCGGUGCACCUGAGCGCCAUCAUCUUUGACGGUGGCGCCAUGUCGUGGACUGAAAUCCUGUACCUCUUCAUGAACGACGUCGCGUCGCCUCUAUGCCUCGUUUGCAUCCCCUACCAGUCCAUCUGGCUCGACGUCUUUUUCGGAUUCUGGAUGAUGCUCGGCCCUCCUGUGCAGUCUGGGCCAUGCGAGCCCCCGUUUGAGUAUGCUGUGGGCCCCCUCUGGAUUAUGGUGUCGAUGUGCUGGAUGCACUCGGGAGGCAUACACUCCGCCGCCAUUGUGCCGAUGCUGUUCUCGCCACUGAUCAACUGGAGCGUGUCCGAAAAUCUGUGCAGCGGCGUUAGCUUAGCAGCCUUUGCAUCUGUGACCAUGGCUGUGGUGGUUUGGAUCAUCGUGGCGGAGUGGCAGCUCGCCGACGGCUUCUACCGGCUACAGAAGUCCACCGAGGUGAUCCAGUUGUUGCUCGAGGAGGCCACCAGCGGCCUCUGCACUCUGAGUCCCAAAUCUGGCAUCGUCAGCGAAGCCAGCAGCUCUUUCCUGGAGAAUUUCGGCAUGCAUACCGAGGGUGCGUCCAUGCUUGAUUUUGUCGCUGCCGUCGACCGUGAGAAGGUCGCGAGCCUCCUCCGGGAUCGAGACGCCCUGCCUCUCAGACCCAUCCUCGGUACCUUCUACAAGAGGCCGACUCUGGAGGGGGCGCCCACGUCCCAGUUCGAGGCCAAGCUCGUCCCCUACGCGGUCUGCGACGAAGGCGUGAGCGUGUGCCUGCAGAAGGUGGGCGAGGAGAGGUUCGUGGAGGCCCCCGCGGAGCACGGGGGGGAGGCCGCUCGCGCCAGCGAGGCCGCAUACCUGCUCGACCCCCGCUCGCAGCCCGCGCCGAGGGCCUGGUCCGAGCACGGCACGGAGUUUGGAACAGAGGUCAGCUUGGCCUACUCGAAGACGACCGCCUCCGCCCGGCCUCUGCUGGAGCCCGAGGAGCCGACGGCCUCAAGGCGCGAGGCUGCGCAGAGGGCCCACCGCGCGAAGAGGAAGGUCAGGGUCCAGCUCAACAACUCGAUGCGCCAGGAUGCGGGGUUCGAGGAGACGCCGCAGCCCAUGCGGAUCAUGCGCCUGAUGGGCGCCAUGGAGGGCAUCAACGCCUGCGGCGUGGGGUGCUGCAUGCUCCACGUCAGCGUAGCCGCCGCGAGGCAGGUGCUUGUCGUCCUCGGUCGCAAGCCUUGCGGGAGCAUAGAGUUGGGCAGCCAGCAGUGUCCGGCAUGCUUCUCUCUGAUCCUUUGUCGAGAGGUCAUCGAGGAAGGGUCGGAUGGUAACAUUGAUUGCCCAACCUGCGGGAAUGAGGUCCAUCCCCAGCGGCGCAGUGGGUCGACCCUGGCUACCUCGGAAGAGGCGCCUGUGGCGCGUGCACGCUGGCCAGGCGCUGCCACGUUCAAGGUCACCAUAGAUCGGAGCGACGGGUCCAAGCUCGGGAUUGACGUGGACAUCGUCAACUGUUCGACAGUGCUCGUCGAGAAAGUGAACGAGGGGCUCAUCUCGAUGUGGAACGUCCGCAACCCAGAACAGGUUGUGGAAAGUGGUGACAGAAUUGUGGAGGUGAACGGGGUAUCUGGCCUCUCGAAGCGGAUUCUUGCCCAGCUUGGAGUCUGCGGGCUGUUGGACAUCGUCGUUCUCAGGAGGAGGCCCCUCGGCGGAGAGCCACAGGGCAAUGGAUGCCCGCUGUGCCUCGAGAGCGAAUGA